UGGCUCCGUCCCAAGACCGGCAGAGGAAAACCAUCGAAAGCUUCUUUGAUCUCGAUCGCGCAAACCAUUCGCGCUCACGCACAACUCAACCAGUAAACAAAAGAUUCAUCAGCAGCUUAUCGCCAGCCCGCCGACGAUGUCGCUGAUCCGCCGUGGCGACGUGUUCGACCCCUUCUCCCUCGACCUCUGGGACCCCUUCGACGGCUUCCCCUUCGGCUCCGGCAGCGGUAGCAUCUUCCCACGCACCACCAGCUCCGAGACCGCGGCGUUCGCCGGCACGCGCAUCGACUGGAAGGAGACGCCCGAGGCGCACGUGUUCAAGGCGGACGUCCCGGGGCUGAAGAAGGAGGAGGUGAAGGUUGAGGUGGACGACGGCAACGUGCUGCAGAUCAGCGGCGAGCGGAACAAGGAGCAGGAGGAGAAGACCGACACCUGGCACCGCGUGGAGCGCAGCAGCGGCAAGUUCCUGCGCAGGUUCAGGCUCCCGGAGAACGUGAAGGCGGAGGAGAUCAAGGCGGCCAUGGAGAACGGCGUGCUCACCGUCACGGUGCCCAAGGCGGAGGCCAUGAAGCCCGACGUCAAGCCCGUCCAGAUCACCGGCUAGACAGCAUUGGGCGUGUGGCUGCUUCUGCUCAGAUGAGGAGGAUGCGAGAAUAAUAGUGCCUCUGGUGGUGAGAGGCCCAAUAAAACAAGCUUGGAUAUGUGGGUGUUGGGUUUGAGUCUCGUCCUAGUGUUUGCGUCGAAUGCUGUGGGUUCAGUUCGGUCUUUGAGGUACCGUAGUUGAUGGUUUGUGUGUGAGCCGUGCGCGCAAUAUUAGUUUCGUGUUUGCGCAUGGCUCGAAAGUGUAGUGUUCGUUGUACUAUUUGAGCAGAGGAGCAGUAUUAUCUAUAUGGGUGUCUAUUA